AGAGGGAAAUAUUUUGGCUAUGGCGGACGGGGAGGAAGGCGCCGAGGACUGGACCGAUCCCUCGAUCGCGUCUUCCGCGGAGGUCAGCGAUGCCGGAUUGCUGCAGCGCGCCUGGCGCAACGAGAAGCUCUCGCCUGAGCUUCUGCCGUUCCAGGGCGAGCUCGUGGAGCGCGUCAAGGAGCAGAUUCUUCUCGAGGAGGAAAAUCUCGCGGCUUUUGUCGAAGAAUCUUGUGACGAGCUUACUGUGUCGCUCUACCGGAUGGAUUUGGACCGAACGCUCUUUAUGCUGCGAUCUUAUUUGCGAGCACGGCUACUCAAGAUUGAGAAGUUUGCUCUCCAUAUACUGACUGUACCGGAGAUUUGGGAGAGGUUGUCGAGCCAAGAACAAGACUAUGCUCAGAGGUUUGCCGACACGCUGCAAGCUCAUUUUGAUUCUUCUGUCCUGAGUAAGCUCCCGGAAGGAUACAAGUCGAUGCUAAAACAGGCAAACUCGAGUAACGAAAACGAUAUGAUUGUUGAGCCUCCUCUCGACAGUUUUGUAUUCUGCAAAUGCCGGAGACCUAUAAGUGCGUUUCAACUUGAUGACAAGGGCGAAAGUAUAGUGGAUAUGGAGAAUGGGGACUUGUACAUCUUCAACUACAAGCCAAUCAAGCGGCUCUUGGAGACGGACAGGAUAGAGCUCUUCUAGAAAAAAGUUGCUGUUUCAAACGUUGCCGUCCAAGAGCAACAAGAAAGAAAAAUUGAGUUGGAAUCGAGCCCUUCGUGCACGGACAAAGACAAGCCCCACCGCAGAUUCAAAGUAAUGUACAAGCCAAGACGCUAAGUUAAAGAGACUUUGAGCGUAUAUGAGGUACCUUUCAGUGUGUCCAUGUCUGUCUUUUAUUUCGCGGCUUCCAAGACGAAGCUCGAAUCAAACAAGGGAGGGGACAAGCUGUUU